CGGAACGGAGGGGAGCCAUACUGGGCACCUGGGAAAAGUACAGGCCAUGGUGCAACGCAGUGAAAGAGGUGCAACCAACCCCUGAGCGUGGGUCGUUGGGUCAGGCGUGGUGAAGCUUUGUGCCUCACAACCAAGGCCGGGGCUCAGGGCUGCGCUGUGACCCAUGCCAUGGCGUUGGGCAUGCUACGGUAGAAGCAGUCGAGAAACAUGGCGGGGCGCAGGGAUGCUGGGUGGGAUGGGGAUGGGCCAUGGUGGAAGGGGAUGCAGGAGAGACGUUGCGACGAUGCGAGAUGUGUUCCAACAACGCCCAUGACUUGUCGCUUCACCAGCAGAUCACCUGGGUGCACGGUUCAAUUGCAGCAGCCCUAGCCCUCGCGCCGUGCCUGUUCCGCAUCCGCGGGUUUGACCACAAGUGCACAGAGCGCUGCUCCCACGCGCCCAGGGCUCGGUGCCGAACGGUCUCCCCCUUUGUGGUGACCCGCGCGGAUACCCUCCCAGCUUCCCCGGAAUGGACCCGGCCCCAUCAUUUGCUGGACCGUCUGGAAGCCCUCGCGGAUAACGGGGGGGAAAAGAUUUCUGCUCAGAGCGCACGAGUCAGGCCGCAAGGUGCUGUGAUCGGGCUGCCCUGGAAUGUGGGAUGGAUGCCAUCGUCGCCGCGUCGGAGACCAUCUCGCACUGUUCCUCCGUGUCCUCCUGGGAAAAGCAUCGUCCAAAGCAUCGUGGGCGAAUCAGGUGCGUCACCUUGGGGGUCCAGGGGUGACGGAGAGUUGGCAGCGUGGCAGUAUCAAACGGCAGCAAAAACGACCCCUCCUAAACUGGCGGUGUAUGUAGACCGGGACGCCCAAUACAUGUACAGGCGACCACACGGUAGACUACUCCGUAGGGACGGGAGAACACGCUGCCUACCAUCAUGUCCAGGUUCGGCUCGCGGCAAGGCGCAUAUGCGUCUCUGCAUAUGCAUCCCAGAGCAGGCUGAUGAUGAUAAUGAUUCACCUUCGUCAGCGACCGCAGCACGACUCGUCUUCCUAGGGCGUUUCGUGUCGCUUUGAUGACACCCACGCCGAUCCGCCGCCUGGCGACAGCGCAGGGAAAUGACCCGGAGCCCUCGAGGUACCAGCACAAGUACCCAACAAUAUUCAUCCUCGUCUUGGGAGGCAAAUGAAGACCACGAGUAGGAGAGUGAUACUGCGUCGAU